CGGCGCGGGGCCAUGGCGGAGCUCCAGGCGCGCCUCGAGGCGCUGGAGCGGCGCAUGGAGCGGGCGGAGGCGGCCCUGCGGCUCCAGGGGGUCCCGGUGCUGUUCGAGGAUGUGGCAGUGCGGUUCAGCCGGCAGGAGUGGGCGAGCCUGGACGAGGGACAGAGGGAGAUGUACCGGACCGUCAUGGAAGGCAACUACGAGAUGCUGAUGUCCCUGUACUGUGCCCUGUCCAAGCCUGAGCUGUUAUUACAGCUGGAAAGAGAAGAGCUGAGCACGCCGCCAGAAUCGGAGCCAGAGGCAGCAGAGGUGUCCCCAGAGCUGGCUGUAGAGCCAGCCCCAUGGAACUGCACCAGCGAUGACCCACUGCUGGAGACAGGGACAAUGGAGAGGGGCUGCAGGGAGCCACAGGAAAGGGAGAAUGUGGCAGAGAAAAGUUGGAACUUGGUAGAGGAAAGCAAGAACCUGGUGGAGGAAAGCAGGAGCCUGGUGGAGAUAAGUGGGAACCUGCCAGAGCAGAGCAAGAACCUGGUGGAGGAAAGCAGGAGCCUGGUGGAGAUAAGUGGGAACCUGACAGAGGAAAGUGAGAACCCAGUGGAGGAAAGCAGGAGCCCAGCAGAGGAAAAUGGGAGCGUGGCAAAGGAAUGCAGGAGCCCAGCAGAGGAAAACAGGAGCCUGGCAAAGGAAUGCAGGAGCCCAGCAGAGGAAAGUGGGAACCUGAUGGAGGAAAGCAGGAGCCCGGUGGUCCCAGAGAGCUGCAGCACACUGCCCGUCCCUCUGGAAGCCGCUGCUGUCCUGGCGGAUCUCAGCCAGCCGACCGCGUCCCCUCCCCUCCUGCUCUCCGUGCACUGUGGGGAAGCCGUGGGUCAGAGCUGUUCUCCCCCUGCUGCAGGAGAUGCUGAAGCGGGGAUCCCAACAGAGACACCACAGGAAGAGGUUGCUGCAGAGAAGCCGUCAAUGACCAAAACACCCUCCAAGGGUCUGGAAGAGGACAAGGGUCUGGAAGAGGAGGCUGUGAAAGAUUCAGGGAAUACUGGUCAAGAUCUGAUGGCCGACAUUCCUGAAGAAGCAGGAGAGAAGGUGACACCAGCUGUCUCCAGAACGACAGAACAGGCAGAUCCCAGCCCAGGGGAGCCGGAGAAGGACUCCUGCGUGGGCCGGCCCGCAGCCUGCCAGCGAAAUGCCCCCCGGGAAUUUUACUCCUGCCCCAUCUGCAGGAAAACCUUCCUGCUGAAGAUCAACCUCCUGAUCCACCAGCGUGGCCACAACAACUGGGUGCCCUAUGUGUGCGUCCACUGCGACCGCAAGUUCAUGUCCAAGAAGAAAAUCAGGCGGCACCUCCGCGCCUGGGCGGCCAACGGGACGUGCCAGCCCUCGGAGCUGGAGGUGUGUCCCAGCCAGGUGCCGUGCCCAGCAUCCCAUCCCCAAACCUGGGCAGCCAAUGGCACCUGCCAGCCCUCGGAUGCAAAGGUGUGUCCCAGCCAGGGGCCGUGCCCGGCAUCCCAGUGCCCAACGUCCCAGCCCCAAAGCUGGGCACCCAACAGCUCCUGCCAGCCCUUGGACGCAAAGGCGUGUCCCAGCCAGGGGACACUGUGCCCAACGUCCCAGCCCCAAAGCUGGGCAGCCAACGGGACCUGCCAGGCAUCGAAGCCGGAGGAGUGUCCCAGCCAGACGCUGUGCCCGUCCUCUCAGCCGCAAGCCCCGAGCAGGGAAUGUGGCAAGGUGUGGCAGGAGCCCGGCCCCGCCAGGUGCUCGCUGUCACCUGGAAAAAUGAUGUACACGUGCAACGAGUGCCUGGAAACCUUCUCCAACCAGGUGUUCCUGACGGUGCACCAGCGCCGGCACACCGGCCACCACCUCAUCCUGUGUCCCUGCUGCAACCGGAGCUUCACCUGGGUCUCGGACUUUGUCCGGCAGCACUGGACGCACAUGGGCGUCCGGCCCCACCAGUGCGGCAUCUGCCAGAAGACUUUCAAGAGGUUCUCCCACCUCAAGGCACACCAGAGGAUCCACAGGCGCCAGGAGCGGCCGUUCACCUGCGCCAAGCCGGUGCCCGUCGUGGCGACGCCCGCAGCAGGAGACGGGGUGGGAAGCCAGGAUGUGACCCCCCAGGGAUGGGAUGCUGCUGUCAGGCCUUGAGGCAUCCUCCCGGGAACGGGAGAGCGCUGCUGGACCUCAGGGUGUACUCCCAGGGGUGGGAAGCUGCUGCUGGGUGUACUCCCAGGGGUGGGAAGCUGCUGCUGAAAUUUGAGGUGACCUCCCAGAGACUUGAGGUGACCUCCUGGACACAGGGUGCUGCUGACGGACUUUGAGUUGACCUCCAUAGGAUAGGAAGCUGCUGUCUGACCUUGAGGUGAAGAAUUGGAUGCUGCUGAUGAACUUCAAGAUAUCGUCUCAGGAAUGGAUACAUGAUGAACUUCAAGCUGUCUUCUCAGGAACAGGAUAUAUGAUGAAUUUCAAGGUGCCCUCUCAGGAAUGGGAUACGUGAUGAACUUCAAGGUGUCCUCUCAGGAAUAAGAUGCUGCUGUUGCACCUUGAGGUGACCUCCUGGGAAUGCAAUGCUGCUACUGGACCUUGAAGUGACUCCCAGGGAUGCGAUGCUGCUGCUGGAUCUUGAAGUGACCUCCUGGGGACCAGAGGCCACUGUCAGACCUCCCUUCUCCCCUCUCUCCCUCUCCAGUUGAAGGCUGGAGCAUGGACAACAUUUCCUGUCUCCCCUGCCCUGUUGUGGGGACAGGGGCAACUGCCCGGCCCGUGUGAAGGGGGCUCUUGUUCCCAUGCCCUGGUGGGGUGGGUGGGAUGCUGGAGUGGGUCCCUUCUCUGCAGAGUGCCAAUAGAUGCUGU